GGAUGGCCAGGAGGACUUUGGUAUUCGCGGCACUCACUACAAACAAUAAUUGCGGUGAAAAUCGGCAUAAAUAACGAAUCUGCGUUAGGUGUUUAAGUGGGUGGAGGGUUGGAGUUUGUUGAAAUCAGCCAAAGUUGAGGCAACGGAACUUGGAUCUUCGACGGAAGUGAUCGGAAAGGCAAAAAGAACAGAAAAUGGGGCAACAACAAUCCAAAGAGGAGUUGCUAUAUCAGCAAGUGAGUUAUGGAAACGUAGAAGGAAUUAAAGCUCUUCGUCGAGAAGGAGCAGGUCUCGAGUGGAUUGAUAAAGAAGGAAAGACUCCAUUGAUAUUAGCGUGCAUGAAUCCUGAGUUCCUUGAUGUUGCAAAAACUCUUAUAGAACUGGGUGCCAACGUCAAUGCUUACCGUCCGGAAAGAAAACAUCACGAUGGUCACAGGGUCAACUCUUGUCGGAGACGAAAAUCAAGGAAGACAAAAAAGAGAGGGUCUCAUGCGGGGACUGCUUUACAUCAUGCGGCGAAAAGAGGCCUUGAACAAACUGUGAAGUUACUUCUGGCCCAUGGAGCUAAUGCUUUUGCGAUGAAUGAUGAUUGUCAGACCCCACUUGAAGUUGCUAGGUCAAAGGGGUUUAGCAACGUUGUCCGCGUGAUUGAGAGCCAUAUAUGUCUUUUCUCUGGAUGGAUGCGUGAGUUUUAUGGACCAGGGUUUCUGGAAGCGUUAGCCCCUCAGUGGUUAUCAAGAAAAAUUUGGGUUGUGGUCAUCCCUUGUGGUUCGCGUAAUGCUGCAAACCCUAUCAAGUUGGAGGUUGCUGCAUAUUCUAGUCCACAGGAAGCACAGCCUCGUAUAGUUAUUUCACUCUGGAAGGCCAACAUUGAGGAACCGAGGUUUCACCAGCCUGAUCCUACCUUGGUCAUUUUUGAUAAGUCUACUAAAACGCGAUGUAAGCUUGCUUCUGCAAAUGAGGGUGACAAGCAGCAACUGCAGUUUUUUUAUAAUGCUUGCAAGGGAAUUCGCCAGGUACUGUCUCCUCUGUUGCCUGGUGCUCCAAUUCUUCCUCCAACUGCACAGGCAUCUACUGCAGAAGAUCUUGAUCUUGAAUUAGCUAUGGGAAUAAAUGCUUCCAUGCAGUCUGCUACGGGUGUGAUACCACCCCUAUCUAAUACCCAUCUGAACUCUGAAGUGGACAACAUGAAUGGUUGGGCAAACAAUGUAGAUUCUAGUAGUCACAAUGGCUCGGGGAUAAUAGGGGCUGCAUCUUCUUCAGAAGCGACUAGCAGUGGAUGGCUUGAUGAGCCAGUUAAAGAUGCAUAUAAUGGAUGGGGUGUAUCUGGAGCUGGUCCAAGUAGCAACCCACCACAGCAUAUGCAUAGUCUGAACAAUGCGACAACUCAAAUGGUUCCUGAAACUGCUUCGUCACUUCCAUCAGCUCCUCCAAUUCCUAAUGAGAUUGCAUAUGAUGGCCCUAUUCACUAUCCAUCAAUCGACUCGAGUCCUGUUGAUGUAUCAGUGCCAACUGUGGAGGACAGACCAGGCAGAAAAAAUGAGGGUAAUGAAGCUGGGGGUGCUUCAUCCUCAUGUGUGAUAUGUUUGGAUGCUCCAGUUGAGGGGGCUUGCAUUCCUUGUGGCCACAUGGCAGGAUGCAUGUCUUGUUUGAAAGAAAUCGAAGCCAAGAAAUGGGGCUGCCCUGUUUGCCGUGCCCAGAUAGUUCAGGUUAUAAGGCUUUAUGCUGUGUGAGCAGAGGUCUAGAAAUAUAUGGAGCUGAUGGUGGUUCACAGGUAUGUGGAAUUCUGGGAUUCUAAUCUCAAAGUUCUCUUUAUUCGUCAUCAUCGGACUUCAUUACCUUUGUAAUGCCGCACUGUACAGUUCGCAGUUAGGCCUUCAAUAUAUAUAGUUGCAUAGCCAAUACUCAUAAGACUGUUUAUCCCAAAACAUAAAAGAGGGUAGGGUAGGGUGGGGUGGGGUGGGGGGGGGGUAAGGAAAAGAACAAAAAAGGAACCGUAAACUGCCUUAUUUUUAUGAGGAGGAUUUCUCGCAUGUACAGAAAGCAUUACCGAUUAAAAAGAACUUGGUUUCAACUAAACUCCAACUUACUGAGAGGAGGGGAAUCUUCACCUAUUAUAGGUAAUCUCUGUCAGCUUCAUAUGUAUGUUUCCCUCACAACUCCACUUUGAUCUGCAAGGGUUGCCAGAGAUUGGUUGAAGGCAUUGAAGUUUUCUAUGCAUUGAGCCUGGAUGAACAUUUAGGAUCUGUAUUAUUGAAGUUUGCUUGUAGUGAUCAUUAUGUUUCUCUAUGUUGGUACAAUGUGUUUAUUUUGGGUGAGGGAAUUUGAAUCUUCGUCUGGAUUAUUGCUUUUGAUUGUGUGUACAGUCCGUAUUUGGAAUCCUUCGGGUUGAAACUUUUGAUUCUUGGAAGGAUAGUGAAUGAAUUUAUACAAACUCAGUUUGUAAAUCAAACUUCUUUUAAGUUAAUCAAAUCUCAGUCAACUUAGGUUCCUUCAA